AUGGCCAAAAGAGGUAGAACAUUCAAUGGAUGCUGGACAUGUAGACAAAGAAAAGUGAAAUGUGAUUUGACAAAACCAAAUUGUUUAAGAUGUUUAAAACUGAAAAGAGAAUGUUUAGGAUAUGAGAUAAGAUUAGGUUGGUCUUCUCCAAUAACUAUUUCUAAAAAUAAUAAAAUGAUUAACUUAAAAGGAUCAGAUGAAUUAGAAAAUUUUCAAAGAAGAAGUAUUGAAUUAAUGAAAUUUCCUGAAGAAAUGUAUUAUAAAACUUAUUCAGAAUUAAAUGAUAUAUUGGAAGAAAUUGAAAAUUCCGUUACUUUAGAUGGUAUCGCUAAGAAAGGUCCUUUCAGAUGUUUUAAACUAAAAAACAACAAGAGAAGAAAAAUAUCAGCGCCAUCAGAACCAGAAAUUAUAGAAAUUGAUCAACAAUUAAAAAAUCCGAAUUAUAUAGAUGUUCCAACUUCAAAAGAAACACCACCAGUAAAUGAAGACAUUUUCAGCAAAACAAACAAUUCCUACGUUCAUUAUGAUUUAAUCAAUUAUGCCAAGCAAACAAUCAUAGCCAUAAAAGGACCAGAUUAUGAAUUCAAUGAUCAAAAUAUGUUACAUAUAUUAUACCCUAAAUUUUACCCUAAUGUUGAUUCAGAUGAUGAUUGGUUUGCUAAUGCUACAAUGGUAAAUAACAAACUAUAUCAAAGAACUGCUAAAGAGCUACGAAUAUUUGAUUUAUUUAAAUUUCUAAUAAAUAAUUUUACAGAGGAUGCUAUAUCGUUAAACAGGACAGGAUUACCUCAAACUUAUAUUGAAGUAUUAUUUAUACCUUUUAUUAAACAAAUUGUUGGAUCAUUUAUAUGUUGGGAUUUUACAGAUUGGGAUGUUAUAGAUUUACAAAAUAUGAAUGAAUUAAAUAAUGAACAAUUGUUGCAUAGUAUUAAAUUAUGUAUCAUUUAUUUAACUUUAGGAUUAAGUGCUUUUAAUGUAUCACAAACAAAAGGGUUAACAAAUAAACAAGGUAAAUAUGAUAUUGACGAGUACCUCAAAAUAAGUAUCGAAUUGAGGAAAUUGAGUAUAAAGCUAUUAAAUUAUCAUCUUGAUGAAUCAGAUACAAUUGCAGAAAUACCUGGUUUAAAUGAUCCAAUAAACGAUAACAACUAUAACACUUUACUACUUACAUCAUUAAUUUUACAAAUAGAACUAGACGGAGUACUUAAUGUAUUUGAAAAUUUGGAUUUAAUUUAUGCAAUUGGAGAUUUCGUUAUUAAAAAUAAAAUUAUUAAUAAUUCAAGAAUAACCACUAUAAAUAAAUUUUUAAUCAACAUUUUCAAAAUCAAAUAUUUUUUAUAUGAAAGUACUCAAGCUAUAAAUGUUUUCAAUUAUCAAAUAGAUGAAAACAAAAAUGAAUUUAAUGAUUUGAAGGAUGACUAUAAUUUGAUUAAUGGAACAGAUGAUGAUGAUGAUGAUGAUGAUGAUGAGGAGGAAGAAGAUGAAGAAGAUGUCGAAGUUGAGUAUAGUAAUAAUCAAGUCAAUAACAAUACACCCAGCUCAAAUUCAAGUAAUGGGUUGACUCCAACCACUAAUAUUUCAAAUUCAAGAUUUAAACCAUCAAUUGAAAAUUUAUUAUCAUUAACAAAUUCAGAAUCAUCAACAUAUAGUCCAACAAAUUUUACAAUAAAUUUUAAUGAAAAUCAAAAAUAUAAUGCAGCUUAUGAAUUAACAAGUGAAAAUACAACCAUUACCCCAAAUUCAAAAUUUUCACCACAAUUAAAUACAAAAUUUACAACAAAAUUAGAUAUUGAUUUAAUUUAUUUAAUGUUUGGUAUACCACAAGAUUUAUUAAAUUUAUUUCAUGAAAUUAUUCAUUUAGCAAAUCAUAAAAAUAUUUUUAAUUUAAAAAAACAAUUUCCUAGAAAUUUCCCCAAAUUAUGUACAAAUUUAGAAGAUAAAUUAAUUAAUUGGAAUUUAACAAAACUGAAUUGGAAAUUAGAUUCAAAAAUUCCAUUUCAAAAUUUUUUAAUAAAUUAUAUAUUAUCAUUUCAUCAAGCUAUUAUUAUUUUCCAUAAUAAAUUAAUUAAAAAUAAUUUUAAUAUAAUUGAUCAUCAAAAAAUAAUAGAAAAUUGUUUAAAUCAUUUAGUUAGUGCCAUAGAUAUAUCUACAAAAUUAAAAUUAAAUUUUAAACCAAUGUUUUGGAAUUUAUUAAUAUGUGGAUCAAUUGCAAUAUCUCCAAUUUUACAAAAUAAAAUUAAAAAAAUAUGGUUGAAUUAUCAAUGUUUUAAUAAACAAUCAAAUAAUUGGAGAAGUAAACAAAUUCUUUAUGAAAUUUGGAAAAGAAGAAAUCAAGGUGAAUUUGAAGAAAAAGAUGAAAAAAAUUUAGGAUUUAUGAAUUUAAUUAAAGAAUGGGAUAUUUUUUUAAGUUUAGGUUGA